AGGCAGGACGAAACCACUUAUCCCGUACAACUGGAAAAUAUGUAAAGAUCUGCGUGGGCUAGAAGGCAUCUAGAUUCGGAUAUCAAAGGGGAUUAUGGUCGCGUAGCGGAAUUAGAUGGUAAGAUUACAAAUACGGGUAAUUUCAGUGUUGAUUAGCCCCUUUGACACGCGGUCAUCGAAGUUUAAUCCCCCCUCAUCCACGUGAAUAAAAACAUCCAAACAGAAUAUUAGGAUGCGGAGAUGAUUCUGGUGACGCUGCGAUGGAUACCUGCGAGGAUAUUCAAAUAAUCAUGAGAAAUCGAUUUGAUUUCAAGUUGUUACGCUGUUUUAUUAUUGCCUUUUAAAUAAAAAUCAUUAUCAGCCAUGAUUUUCUCACGGAGGCUGCUGCAGCUGUCGGUUUUGGUGAGCCAUAUUGGAUGGUGGGGGGUCGCGUCGAGCCCCACCGAUGAGGGAGCACUCCGGGCCGGCCAAGGGGAGCACGGAGAGCCGGGACACCAUGAGCCUCACAAGGACUCCUACAGCACCUUCGCGUCCGAGUUCCUGGAGUCCAGAUAUCUGUCAGACGACGGUUAUCCGUUCCCCACUGCUCCACCAGUCGACCCCUUUGCCAAGAUCAAAGUGACUGACUGUGGAGUCACAAAAGGCUGCAUAAGGUAUGGAAAGCCAGGUUGUGAUGCAGAGACGUGCGACUACUUCCUGAGUUAUCGUCGUAUCGGGACAGAUGUGGAGUAUGAGAUGAGUGCAGACACAGACGGCUGGGUGGCUGUAGGUUUCUCGUCUGACAAGAAGAUGGGAGGGGACGACGUCAUGGGUUGUGUCCAUGAUGAUAACGGACGUGUGCGGAUCCAUCACUUCUACAAUGUGGGCCAGUGGGCUAAAGAAAUAAAGAGGAACCCUGCGAGAGAUGAAGAGGGCAUCUUCGAGAACAACCGGGUGACCUGCCGCUUCAAACGGCCGUUAUACGUCCCCAGAGAGGAGACUCUUGUAGACUUACACCUGUCGUGGUAUUACCUGUUUGCAUGGGGACCUGCCAUACAAGGGUCCAUUACAAGGCACGACAUCGACAGUCCACCUGUCAGUGACCGCAUGAUCAGCAUCUACAAGUAUGAGGACAUCUUUAUGCCUUCUACAGCCUACCAGACCUUCAACUCCCCCCUCUGCUUACUGCUCAUAGUAGCUCUCACCUUUUAUCUACUAAUGGGAACACCGUAAUAAAGCUCAGCAUGUGGUGGGGGGAAAAAAAGAGGGAAAGAGAAGAGGAAGCAGCAAUAAAAAAUGUUGUCGUUUCUGUCAAGUGUGCUUUGCACAGAGAGACACUAUAUUCAAUACAUUUAAGAACUUAGAGAGAAUAUAUUGUUUUUCAGAACUCACACAGAGGAUCAGGAUAAAAUGAUGAACCAGUACUGUAGAGCUAUCAUGUACUGGUGUCAGUAAAAAUACAGGGUCUGAUAAAAAGUAGUAUUAUAGUUUAAGCACACCAGUUAUUUUCAGUAUUUCAUAUAGCUACCAAGUAUCAAUAACUAUCAGUACCGAUGACUUAGCCUGGCAAGUCUUCAGAAUACUGCAUGCACUCAAAAGUCUGGGAACAGCCCCUGUUCACUGGAGAAGAAGAAGAGAAAGAAGACAGUAUCUUGUGUUGAACUUGACUACAUCAUGAAAGAUACCUGUGGAGAAAAAGGACAUAAAGCAACCACACUUAAUGUUCUUUCACGAUUAUGUUUUCAAGGAUAUAAUCCUUUGCAAAAGUAGCAGGAAAAAGAUGGUCUAUUUCUUUGUUUUCACUAUAACAGCAUGUAGUUUCUAGGGACUGAAUACAGUAUAUGUUUACCACGUUAAA